ACCCCUCAGUGUGUGUGUGCGUGUGUGUGUGUGUGUGUGUGUGUGUGUGUGUAUGUGUGUGUGUGUGUGUGUGAGGGUCCAUCCAGCUGUGAGGACAGAUCCGCCCAUUCAUCGAAAGCGCACGGGGGUCUCGCAGCCUCUGAUUUUAGAUUGACCGGCCUGUCGUCCAAUGAAAGCGCGUCAGAGCGUGACUCACCGCCUUCCGUUUCCAAUGGAAGCGCGUCGGAGAGGCGGGACGCAGGAAGCACACUUGGUUGAAUGACCACCGAGGCAGCAAUCAGCGGUAAAUAUGUUAUGAUGCCACGCUCCAAACAGACACCGAGCGGAAUGUCCGAGGCUGCGGGAGCGCACUUUGGCACCGGGUAGACACUUUGUGAAAUGCUGCCGCCAUACGGUGGCGGAUUCGCCGUGCGCGGAGUGUGGCUGCAAAUCAAACCAGGAGUCGCUCUCUGGGGGAUUUGAGCAGUGAUGGACAGCUGUUGGACAUCGAUUCGGCGCAUAGGUUAGUCUUAAAUUGAGUGUGCGGCAUCACAGGCUUACACCAUGGACCAAGGAGCUGUUUUCUGUGGCUGUCAGAGCAGGAGCAGAAGAAGGAGCGGCUGAGUUUUCUCUUCUGGCUCCGAACAGCGCAAGUGUGCGAGGAUCGUGAUGAUGCGUUUUGGCCAAACGUGAAGCUCCCACCGCCUUCCAGGAUGCGAUGUGUGCUCAGUACAGGUGCAUCAAGACUUGACGGGACCAGAUAGAAGCCGCCAACAUGGGAAUCACCUUUUUAUCCCGCCUCCGAAUCAUCUGCACACAAACCCGUUUUUUUCACGCAUCUAGAAAACAUGUCCGCACAUCAAACAGGUUCACGGCGUAAUUGAUGGUGUUGCGCUAUGAUCUCUGGGGAUUAUCUUGAGUUGUGUAAUGGUUUAUUCAUCUACAGCGCGCUGUGGUGCGUCCUCUCCAUGGAUGGCAGUUAAUUGGGCCCAAUGAUGUAGAGCCAAAUCCACCUGGAUUUAAUGUUCCCUCCUCUCGUGGCUCCCCGGUGACUUUUGCGCAUGUUCAAUUGUUUUUAUUCCCAGAUCUUCUAACCACUCCCGGUUCGUGCUCUGAGUAAGCCCCCCUGGGCUUUUAAAGAUUCUUGGGAUGAAUAUUUGGAUCUAAAUGUGGGAGAUUAACCCGCUGACUUUUAAAGCAACUAUGGGACAUUCAGCGCAUAGCAGGCAUUUAAUGAAUAGUCUCCUGAUAUUAAAUUUCGUCUGAUCAAAACUUUUCCCGCAGUGUUUGUUUGUUUAGGCACACUUCUGCUUUCCACUAUGUCUAGAUCAAACAGUGUCAGCCCACCCGGAGUCGGUGCGCCCGGGUUGAGGGGAGGGACCGAGCUCAGAUCAGCUUGGGGCGAGUCUGAGUCCGUAGCCAACGGUUGCCCAUACUCAGCCAGAUCUCCGCGCAAGAAGCUCACCAGGACGAACAGUCGGUGGAGGGAAGAGGAUGAUCUGGAACACCGACAGCCCGGGAGAGCCUCCACGACCGUCAGCAGGGUCAGCUUCAGGUCAAGGUCGGCUUGGCAGGACCAUGGCGAGGAGAGCAGAGACAACAAGCGCGCGUCUCAGAAACGUCCAGACGGCGAGGUGAGACCCAAAUCUGUGGAGCUGGGUCUGGAGGAGCGGAGAGCCAAACCGAGGGCCGACGAGGAGGAGGUCAUGCCCGAAGUUAACUUUUCUUUAGUGGCGUGCUGCACCGGCGUCAUGCACAUUUUCAAAUCCAAGAAAUUUCAGUCGGAAAAGUUGGAGCGGCUCUACCAGCGCUACUUUUUCCGUCUCAACCAGAGCAGUUUGACUAUGCUCAUGGCGGUGUUGGUGCUGGUCUUCACGGUCAUGCUGGGCUUCCACUGCUCCGGUGGGACAGCAAAGCCGAGCGUAACUUACGUGGUGGUAUUUUCUCUGGCCAUCUUCCUCAUACUCAUACUCAUGGUGGUCUGCAACAGGAACGGCUUUCACCAGGACCAUAUGUGGAUUGUGUGCUAUGUGGUCAUCCUGGUAGUGCUGGUGAUCCAGGUGAUCGGAGUGCUUCUCGUGCAGCCCAGAAGUGCCUCAGAGGGGAUCUGGUGGACCGUGUUCUUCAUCCAUGUCAUCUACACUCUGCUGCCCGUCAGGAUGCGCGCCGCGGUCAUCACUGGAGUUAUUCUUUCCGCCAUCCACGUGGCUGUUUCUUGGAUGUUAAACGGCAUGGACAGCUUUCUGUGGAAACAGAUAGUUUCCAACGUGCUGAUCUUCUCCUGUACCAACAUCGUGGGAGUGUGCACCCAUUACCCCGCUGAGGGCUCCCAGAGGCAGGCCUUCCAGGAGACCAGGGAAUGCAUCCAGGCUCGCCUUCACUCCCAGAGGGAAAACCAACAGCAGGAACGUCUCCUGCUGUCAGUGCUUCCCCGCCACGUUGCCAUGGAGAUGAAAGCUGACAUCAACGCCAAGCAGGAGGACAUGAUGUUUCACAAGAUCUACAUCCAGAAGCACGACAACGUCAGCAUCUUAUUUGCAGACAUCGAGGGUUUCACCAGUCUGGCAUCCCAAUGCACGGCGCAGGAAUUGGUGAUGACUCUUAAUGAACUCUUUGCCCGCUUCGACAAGCUGGCAGCGGAGAACCACUGUCUGCGGAUCAAGAUCCUGGGAGACUGCUACUACUGUGUGUCUGGGCUGCCGGAGGCGAGGGCCGACCACGCCCACUGCUGUGUGGAGAUGGGGUUGGACAUGAUAGAGGCCAUCUCACUGGUACGGGAGGUGACCGGGGUGAACGUGAACAUGCGAGUUGGCAUCCACAGCGGCAGGGUGCACUGUGGGGUGCUGGGACUCAGGAAGUGGCAGUUUGACGUCUGGUCCAAUGACGUCACACUAGCCAAUCAGAUGGAGGCUGGAGGUCAAGCUGGACGUAUCCAUAUCACUAAAGCCACUCUGAAUUAUCUGAAUGGAGACUAUGAUGUGGAGGCGGGAGCAGGGGGAGAAAGAAAUGCCUACCUGAAGAAGCACAACAUAGAAACCUACCUCAUUGUGGGCUGCAGUCAGAAAAGGAAAGACGAAAAGGCCAUGAUAGCAAAAAUGAACCGACAGAGGACCAACUCAGUCACCCACAACAGCGGCCACUGGACUGACCGCCCGUUCUACAACCACCUGGGCGGCAACCAGGUCUCCAAGGAGAUGAAGAGGAUGGGAUUUGAAGACCCCAAAGACAAGCAUUUCAUUUUCAGAAACACGCAGGAGAACCUAAACCCAGAGGACGAGGUGGAUGAGUUCCUGGGCCGGGCCAUCGACGCACGUAGCAUCGACCGGCUGCGCUCCGAACAUGUCAAAAAGUUCCUGCUCACCUUCAGAGAGCCUGACCUGGAGAAAAAGUACUCCAAACAGGUGGACUCCAGGUUCGGGGCUUACGUGGCCUGCGCCUCUCUCGUCUUUCUCUUCAUCUGCUUCAUCCAGAUCGUCAUCGUUCCACCCUCCAGCCUGAUGAUGGGCUUCUUCAUCACCGCUCUCAUUAUACUGAUGGCUGUCAUGUUUGUCUCAACCGUCUACUGCUGUUAUGGGCUCUUCCCAGUCCCCCUGCAGACUCUUUCUAAAAGGAUAGUCCAGUCCAGACUGAACAGCACCCUGGUGGGAGUCUUCACCAUCGUCAUCGUCUUUCUUUCUGCUUUCAUCAAUAUAUUCACCUGCAGCAGCCACGACCUGAGGAGCUGCAUCAUGGUGAAGCUGAACAUCAGCCUGGAGAGUGUGACCAUCUGCCACGCCCGUCUCCUCAACUACAGCCUGGACACGGAACACAGCCCCUGUGGAGAGGACGCUCUGAUCUGCAGCUUCCCUGAGUACUUCUCGUGCUGCGUGCUGCUCAGCCUGCUGGCCAGCUCCGUCUUCCUGCAGAUCAGCAGCAUCGGGAAGCUCUUCCUCAUGCUCUUCAUCGAGCUGCUCUACCUCCUCAUCCUGGAGGUGCCCAAAGUCAGCCUCUUCGACAACCAGGACCUGCUUGUGAUGGCCAACGCCAUCAACCUUGGCGAGCACAUGAAUGGAACAAGCUGUGUGGUGGACAAGGUUCCUCUGACAAUCAUGACCCCGGUGGUCAUCACCGUCUUCGUUCUCGCCCUCUACCUUCACGCGCAGCAGGUGGAGUCCACAGCCAGGCUGGACUUCCUCUGGAAGCUGCAGGCCACAGAAGAGAAGGAGGAGAUGGAGGAGCUGCAGGCCUACAACCGCCGUCUGCUCCACAACAUCCUACCCAAAGACGUGGCUGCCCACUUUCUGCAGCGGGAACGGCGUAACGAUGAGCUCUACUACCAGUCGUGCGAGUGUGUGGCUGUCAUGUUCGCCUCCAUCAGCAACUUCUCUGAGUUCUAUGUAGAGCUGGAGGGCAACAACGAGGGAGUGGAGUGUCUGCGGCUGCUCAACGAGAUCAUUGCUGACUUCGAUGAGAUCAUCAGUGAGGAACAAUUCCGUCAGCUGGAGAAGAUCAAGACCAUCGGCUCCACCUACAUGGCGGCCUCUGGCCUCAAUGACUCCACAUACGACAAGGCCGGGCGCUCACACAUCCGUGCCCUGGCUGACUACGCCAUGAGACUCAUGGACCAAAUGAAAUACAUCAAUGAGCACUCCUUCAACAACUUCAAGAUGAAAAUAGGUCUUAACAUUGGCCCUGUGGUUGCCGGGGUGAUCGGGGCCAGGAAACCUCAGUACGACAUCUGGGGUAACACAGUGAAUGUGGCGAGUCGUAUGGACAGCACAGGUGUACCGGAGAGGAUCCAGGUGACCGCAGACCUGCACCAGGUACUAAGCUCCUAUAACUACACACUAGAGUACAGAGGUGUGGUUACAGUCAAGGGCAAAGGAGAGAUGAUGACCUAUUUCCUCACCAGUGGACCACCCAGCAGUUAACCCCAACUAAGUGAGAAAUAGACACACCGGGGUUAGCACCCUAACUCGUCUGACGCAACGAGCAGUGUCAUGGACCUCUGAUGGCUUACGGUGGACUGAGGCUGACUGAAGCAUCCCCUCUCAACACGCUGAUUCUUUCUAAACCUGCUGAGGCCACAAUGAAAAAGGAUAAGGAAUUCAUCCUAAAGCUCAGCCUGCGGAGGAGACUAUGAGGUCUAGGAGAGGUCUAAGUUGCCUCAAUCUGCCUUUGAGACCAAAGAUGUCCAAUCAGUGCAUAAAGACAGAUUUUGCCAGUUGUGUUAGUCUUGGUCCUAAAGGAAAAAUGUUCUUGAAGAAAUGUAAUUUCCUUCAGUCUGCCGGAGGGUUACAGACGAACCUACAGGAGGACAUGAACUACAUCACUUCCUCUCUUUGUCUCUGCCUUUCUCCUGCUGAAGUAUAUAUGUACAUGUAAAACACAUGUGGAUGUAUACGAUGUUAUGUAUUUUUGUCCUUUUUUUUUCGUGAUAGAGGUACAAAUCUCUCAAGUGUGGGCACUCAACCAGCACCGCAGCAGCACUAUCUGUCCUUGUAUCGAUAUCUGAUCACGUCAGUUUAACAGACUGAUGGAGGAGUCGCAGUAAGUUGUGUCUUAAGUUGUGCCGUAAGAAGGUCCGUCAGAGACAGGUCGGAUUAUUUUUUUUGUAUGAAGAGAGAGGAAAUUGCUCCACAGUGUUUUUACGGAAAGCUUCGCAUCAGGCGUAUAAAUUAACACUCACACUACAGUAUCGUCAGCAUAUAAACACACACACACGAAACACAAAGAGGAUGUCAAUGAAGAGCUUUUUCUAAUCUUCGACAUUUUGUAUUUUGACUUCAGAACACCAAACCCUAUCAAAUAUUUUAAGAUUCUAUAUUUUGUACAUUAAUAUAUUAGAGAGCUAUCUAUAAACACCAAUGUGUAUUCAGAUGUACAUACUGUUUCACUCUCAUGUUGGGAUUUCUGAAGUCCUCACUGCCUGGUCUUAGCGUAGCGCUGCAGCUGAUGUACCAUUUCUUUCUCGCUCUUUUUACCGAAAUGAGCGUUUUUCAGUCUGCAGGAAGUCAACCACUUUCUGAUUAGAUGCCAUUUCAGAUGAUUUUCCCUUCCCUAGCGUUUUUUGAAUCUCACGUUGAGAAGAAAGUGUUAAAACGGAACGGAGUGCGCUCUUUGAAUGACGGACGAGAGUACGAGAAUGGAUUUUGCACUCCAAUGCUUUCAGCUGUGCGCCCCCCUUUUCCUGCAUCACUCCACAAACUCCUCUUGCUUGCUCAAUCAGAUGGUACGACCCAAUGAAUGUCCAAUGAUCUCCGAUGAGGCCUUUUAAUAUGAACUCUAUACUGAUGAUGGCGGUGAUGCUCAUCCUGUGGACGGGGACAGACGAGCCGAUGUGGAAAUGUGUCCUUUUAUCUGCUGUUUUUUUGUUUAGUUUUUUUCUUAUCAGAGCAGUUUUCUUCGAUACUACAGAAUUACUCAGCAUGACAUCAGACAAACUGUCUCUAACCUGGCGGAUUCAUCGAUUAAAGUGUUUUGUUUUUUUGUAGUGAUGUUGUUACCAAACAUUACAGCUGGUUCUGUUUGUCUUGGCUGAGUCACGGAUUACAGUAAUCAGUAAAUGUCUGGACAGUGUCAAGUUUUCAUCCGAGAACUUUGAGGAAUACAGCACCUUUGAGAUAGACUUAAAGGAUAAGGUGAGCAUUAUUCAAUAUUUUUUGGUUAACAAAUGUUAUGAAAAGACCAACAUCAACAAUGCAUUAGUCUCUUAAUGCUUAACUACAAACACUGCACCCUCAGGCCAAAGCCCAGUGUGAAGAGAUUAAACCUUUAAAACUCUGUAAAACACUGUACUAGCAGCAAAUAGAGCAACGUACUGCUGUAUUUAUAUUCAUUUGGUGUGCUACACUAGUGAGUAUUCAUCGCACCAGGAUGUUGUAUGGAGGCGUCCCUGUGCCAACUCCAUUAUUAUAGAUUUUUACAGUGUUUAAAUAGAAUCUAUUAAUACAUCCGUACAUGUUAAAUAGUUGUUAGAAAUUAAUUACGGUAAUUACAUUUGAAUUUAGAUUAUGCAUAAAAACCUCAACUCAUAAAAAAAAAGCUAAUUAAACAUUAAAAGAUAAUUGAGCCCCCAGUGUCCACAAAUCCCAUCCUGGACAUCCCUGGGGCAGAAACACAAAGCAUCAGCAGAAUGGAGGGGGGCUGAAUUUAAUGAAGAAUCAACUCAGACUCCUGCUUGUAGUGCAAGGCUGUGAGUAGGGCUGCCAUCAUCAGAGCCAGGAGACAAUGGCGAACAUGAAGCAGAUAUAAAAGCUGGUUCUUUCUGCUUUCCUUAAGACACUUCCGCUCGGUCUGGUUCAGCUUUUUAUUGGAAGUCCUGUUGCAUUGAGGCCAAAUGUGAAGUCCAAGUUUGAUUCCAUGAGUAUACAUGAGGAACAAGGACAGGUUCUCCUAUGUUUAGAUGAUUAAAUGAUGCAUGUGGAGUGAAAAAUGUAGAGCAAGUUUAAGAGAAAAGGUUUUAGAAGAUUUUACUGCUGUGAAAGAAUUUCAUCGUUAUUUUUUUUGCGCGUGUGCUGGAACUAGGAGCAGUCCAAACAUCCAUACGGAAGAAGAAGAAGUUGUUGUAAGAACACGUAUAAAGAAUAGUGUGCCGGCACACCAAUUAAAACCCAGAGAGUAACUGCUCGACCUCUGAUUGGCUAGCUGCAAUUAGUUGUCAGGAGCCAAUCAGAGGUCCUGCUGCUGCUCCAGGGUCAGUCCCCUCACUUACUAUAAAUAUUAAAGCAGGGGUGCAAGAUGGAUGGAAUAAGCAGACAGAUUAUUAAAUAAUGUUACAAACAGUUCAAUAUAGCUACAAGUUAUAUAAUAAUAAUAAAUGUAUUCAUAUUUUAAUUAAACAAGGUAAAGUCAAUGAUUCCAGCGGCUCACUCCAGGCUCUGUGACAGUGUGGCUCAUUGACCUGUUAGGAUCAUUUCAUUGAUGAUUUUGGUCUUUUCAUGGAUAUAAAAUAUAUACAGUAUAUGAACACCUGCGUUUAGUUUCCUGUUUAUAAAGGAAGAGAGAACCUUGGCACUCCAUCCAGAUGUUUGCUUUGAGCCUGUAGAAUGACAAUAAGCUUGCACUGGUCUAACUCUGGUGGUUUCUGUUUUGUUAAUGUACUGUACUGCUGCAACCAUUAUCUUCACACGCCACUAUUAAAAGUGUCAUCCCAUUGGACUCACUGGAUGCAGUGCCAUUCAACGCCCACGCGAGCCUCUUUUUCUACUGAUAAUUGUGCAGGAUUGUGCCAUUAGAAACUGGAGAGAGAGAAGGCACAGAUCAGAGAUGAGGUGCCCGAGUAGAUGCUUUCAUUCUCGGGUUUAAAGAGCAGGGGAAGAAGCUCGCCUCCUUUUCAUGUCUACAGCUGAGGAUCCUCGCGAGGACUCUCAUUGGAGACAAAAACCUUGGGUUAUUUUUGUUGUCAUGCCAAACACUGCUCUUUAUUUUUUUUAUUGUUUUUUUUUUUUUUUUUUACAGUCCAAUAAACUCCUGAGAUGUUUCACAGGUACCACAUGAUUUUGUGUUGUCGGCUCACUGAAAGAUUUAGCUUGAUGCCUGUUUACUCUGUCAUCUCAGCAUACUAUAGUACCAAAGCUAAACCACCAGCAGCCAAGUUGACACGAAAUAGUAGGGUCAACACAGAUGUUACCAAUCAACCGAACCUUCGUUAGUAUCACACCUGUGUUGACCCUACUAUUUCAUGUCAAAAUGGCUGCUGUGAAAAAGGUCUGUUCCUGUAAAUCGUCCUCAUAUUUUAGACAGUGUUGCUUCUAACUUUAUGGCAACCGUUUGAUGGAGACCCUUUCCUGUCCGGACCUGACAACGCCCCUGUGAAAUGGUUUCUGAGUGACAUGCUCAAUAAUGACACAGGUUUAUUCGUAAGAAGAACGUUAUUUAUUGUUGACUGCUGUUGAAUCCUGAACAGAACCUGUUCAAGAACCAGAGCUCAUUUGGUGUUAAAGGGGUUUUCCUGAUUCUAAUUCCUAAUAUUUCCUGUUUGGAGCCACAACUGCAGUUUUGAAAAGCAUUUAUUUCACCGGUUUACUAUCUCACAUCAAAGUUGAACUAGUCACGGAUGCAUGUGUGCACUAUGUCAAUGCACGUGAUGGCUCAUCAGGCUGACAUUGAAACAAGAUAUUUCAGCGAAUGCAAAACUUACACUCCCCAAGUUUAAUUUCAUUCUAAAUGUUGUAAAUGUUUUGUGGGGAAGCGUAUUGCUGCCAUACUAGAAAAAAAAAAAAUCAUUCUCACGUUAAACAAAUUUUUUUUCUGGUAUGGCAGCAAUACGCUUCCAAACAUUUCAGAGAUUCCCCUAAGUACCACUACAGGAAGAUUUAGUACCAUGAGUGGUACUCGUAACCACAGUUUGAGAACCGUUGAACUAGCGUACCUUGGAGGUAAGAUACACUAACCCCCCUAUGAGCCUUCUCAUAAAACAUCUUUUUAAACCUCAGCAUGAGCCGACACUGUGCUGAAAUUCAUUUGAGAUUAUCUUGUUCAUACAGCUCACCAACAGAUGGCAGCAGCGCUACAUCUCUUGGUUGACACGUGGCCGUUCUUUGUCUUCUUUUUCAUUAGAAUUACUGUUUAUAUAUUAUUGGAGAGAUGGAAGCAAAAAUGCUAAUCUGCUGAUUAGCACCCUGAGUGUUACUUCAUCCAUUACUGCUUUAAUAUCUAUAUUUACAGAAGUCAAAUCACUGGCAAUUACACUGAAUAAGAAUGAAUUAGGCUCUUGGUUAUUAGUUAAUUCAUUAAGUCAUGGCAUGCAUUUAAGCAGCAGUGCCGGACUCUUUAGAUUCAUCUUUUGAAUGGUCAGGAAUGGAAUGAAAGACAGCUGUACUGCACUUGGCCUCUCUGAGGGGAACUGGAGCACAUGUUGGGAGCAAACAAAACCUCCAGACUUAAUGAUUCUGACCUUUUUGAACAGCCGACCUGUCAGCACCCGACUGUGAGCUUUGCCACAAAAGCAUUAUUACCACUGACAUUCACUUGAAGCGUGAUGAGAUCAAAUUGUUCUUCAAGUAGUCAGCAAUUUGCACUUGCAAUACCCAUCCGUCAUUAAAAUCCACAUGCUCCCCGCUGAGGAAGAAACAUAUCCCUGCUCCAUUAAUCUACAUCCAGAGGAAAGUGCUGUUCCUUGUAAUGAGGCGCCCAUAAAUAACGUCAAUUAUACGAUUAUAUCAUCACAUUCAUAAUACCUCUUGUGCCAUUGCUUGUGGUGGGGGUUGCUGUCUGGAAAAUUUUUCAGCUGCCUCUGAAUCAUGAGGCAAUCUGUUGCUUAUUGUUGCUCCAAAGAGGAAAGAAAAAAUAACGACUUUUGGGAAGGAAUUAAGCAACACUCAGCAAUUCUUACUAAUCCCAAACUCCGCUGCUCAUUUAGCACCUACUGGAAGCUCCAGCCUCCAAGGUUAGGUAAAUGUUUUCUUUUAAUUAUGAAGGACUUCAUCUCCCUCAUAUCACAGGAUUCUUUGAAUCUCCUAAAUCUUUUUCAGAACUAUGGCAACAUGCAUCAGAUCUCAUCAAACGGCUCAUUAACUGAUGGGAACGCUGUGAUAAAAAAAAAAAAAAAAAGACCACACUGGAUAUUUGUUGAAGUACGGAUUUCAUUGCAAUGGUAAUGUCUCAGAACUGUUUAAUGUUCGAUGUUCCAUAGCUGAGUUCAAAGACGAGUAGAUAUGUUUGAAGAAGACCAGAGCACGCUGAUGAAUCAAUGUGCCUUUAUGUGGGACAGAAAAUGGUCAAAAUUCUAACAUUAAGCUUUAAAUCCAGUGUUCCAGCACAUUUCCCAUGUCCAUUCUUUCCUAGAUCUUAAUUUAAAAUCAGAUGAUUUUACACUGAGGGGCUUUAAAAGGUUUGAUAUUACACAAAUAAAACAUGUACAACACCACAUACAACACAUUCUGCAGUUCAUUCCCAAGUUUUAAUGACCUCCAUGAUCACAUUCAUUUUCUAUAUUUGGAUAAAUCAGUAUAAAAGCCUCGAAUCUCACUGUUCCACAACACACCCACACUACACGUUCUACUGUGGAAGAGGACAAUGUGAACACAAACCAUCCGAGCCAGCGAAGCUCAAUUCAGACCCAAUCCAACCCAAGUCGUGUUGUGAAAAGAACGAUUAGGUCAUGUAGGUGUGGUACCACUGCUGGAAAGCAGAGAACAUUGGGAGAAAGCGUGAUGAUGAAUCAUACUGAGGCUGAAGUAUCGCAGUGGUCCCCUGACAGAUCUGUAGUGCGGAUGCCAGAUGGACAUGGAGUGGAGCUGCGUGGCUUUACUCCGUCUCCUUUUCCACUUUUAACUUCUUCCAGUCGAGAGUUUUAAAAAAGAUGUUAUGACAGUCUUGGCACAACCGCUGAACUACUUAUGAACAAUGAACAGAAACGCAUGACUCAGUUCUCUACCCUGCUCCGUUUGUUUGCUGUUAUUUGUUGGGAUGGUGUAAGAAGACAGGAAAAGUUCCCAUAAUCCUCUGACCAAAUCUUACUCUGUGUAAUAAUGAUGAAUGUGGCAUCUCCUCACUGUAAUUAUGUAAAGCGUGUGUUAAUAUCCAUUACAAUGAUGAUUUUGUAGAAGUGGCAGGUGCAGCCAUGUCUGAACUGCGCGGCUCGGUGUGAGGAAGAGCACACCAGAGGCCGCUCAGAUGAUACGCGCUGCCUCUGGCCUCGACAACACGGCUACGUAUCUUUACUGCUGCCAGCACACACCUGUUUAUUAACACAGUCAUUUGACACUGGCAUAUGCUUGAGGCUGUGUGGGUGAGGAAGAAGGGUAUGAAUGCUAACAGGCUGUUUGUGUCUACUGAAGCAGGAGGUACUUUGUGACAGCUAGUCCCAAGCCUGCGUUAAAAAAAAA